AACAAAGAUCUUGGGCAGACACAAAAUGACAUUGUCAAUCAUUCUCGAGUGUCAUACUUGGGGCCUUUUGUCAACUGAAAACUCCAUAUCCAAUAGAAAAUACAAGCUAGGUAUCUGGAGAAUAAUAAGAAAAAAAACCAUUAAAAGUCAAUCUCUAAAAACCUAUAUGUCCAACCUUGAUUGUGCCUUCCAGAAACACAGCCUCUACCUCACUGUAUACUUGUACGUGCUUUUAUCUCUCUGUUUAUGAUUAAAGCAAUGACCUGCAAAGAAGUAUAAGUCCAGCACGUUAAGUAUGUGAUUCUGUGAAGUACUUUGAGAUCUAACCUCCAGAUUCCUUGUCCCUUGAGGGUACGUUGACAUCUGUCUGAUACUAGACUGGUGAAUAGGAAGAAGGUCCCAUCUCUGGCCUGUUUGUGGAAGCUGGGAUGAUGAAGGCCCUGCAGUGGGAACGUGCGGUGUUACAGGGUUGAAGCUCCAGCCCAUGUCUGGUAGUUGUAGAGCAAUUGGAAGGGUUACGUGCAGAGUUCUGGUAAAGAUGGAAGAAUCUCAUUUCAACUCCUCCCCGUACUUCUGGCCAGCAGUGCCCACCGUCUCGGGACAGAUUGAGAACACCAUGUUUAUUAACAAGAUGAAGGAGCAGCUGUUGCCCACAGAGAAGGGCUGCAGCCUGGCUCCCCCCCACUACCCUGCCUUGCUGACAGUACCCACCUCUGUGGCCCUGCCCACUGGUAUCUCCAUGGACUCAGACACCAAGCCGGAGCAGCUGACGCCACACAGCCAAGCCCCUGUGACUCAGAACAUCACCGUGGUACCAGUGCAGUCUGCUGGGCUCAUGACAGCAGGUCCUGGUCUGGUGAUAACUUCCCCAUCAGGUUCCCUAGUGACCACAGCCGCCUCUGCCCAAACCUUUCCCAUCUCAGCUCCCAUGAUUGUCUCUGCGCUACCCCCUGGCUCCCAGGCAGCCCUCCAGGUGGUUCCUGACCUGUCCAAGAAAGGGACAACCACCCUCUCUGAAGGUGGUGGGGGUGGCGGGGGUGGGGGAGUUGCCCCCAAACCGCCUCGGGGCCGGAAGAAGAAACGAUUGCAGGAGUCAGGGCUGCCAGAGAUGAGCGACCCCUUUGUGCUGUCAAACGAGGAUGAUGAGGACCAGCACAAGGAUGGCAAGACAUACAGGUGCCGGAUGUGUUCGCUGACCUUCUACUCCAAGUCGGAGAUGCAGAUCCACUCCAAGUCCCACACGGAGACAAAGCCACACAAGUGUCCUCACUGCUCCAAGAGCUUCGCCAACAGCUCCUACCUGGCCCAGCACAUUCGCAUCCACUCAGGGGCCAAGCCCUACACGUGCAGCUACUGCCAGAAGGCCUUCCGCCAGCUCUCCCACCUGCAGCAGCACACACGGAUCCACUCCAAGCUCCACACAGCGAUUGUCAAGCCGCACAAGUGUCCUCACUGCUCCAAGAGCUUCGCCAACACAUCCUACCUGGCCCAGCACCUCCGCAUCCACUCGGGGGCCAAGCCCUACACCUGCCGCUACUGCCAGAAGGCCUUCCGCCAGCUCUCCCACCUGCAGCAGCACACACGUAUCCACACAGGGGACCGGCCCUACAAAUGUGCUCACCCUGGGUGUGAAAAGGCUUUCACCCAGCUUUCCAACCUGCAGUCCCACAGACGGCAGCACAACAAAGACAAACCUUUCAAGUGCCACAACUGCCACCGUGCAUACACGGAUGCUGCCUCGUUGGAGGUACACCUGGCUACGCACACAGUGAAACACGCCAAGGUCUACACCUGCUCCAUCUGCAGCCGGGCCUACACCUCGGAGACAUACCUGAUGAAGCACAUGCGGAAACACAACAUCCCUGACCCACAGCAGCAGGUGGUUCAGGCGCAAGCCCAAGCCUCUCAGCAGCAGCAGCACUUCCAGCCACAGGGUGGGGGGGCAGCAGGGGGCCCUUCUGGAGACACUAACCAACCCAACCCUCCCCCCCAGUGCUCCUUUGACCUGACUCCUUACAAGACUUCAGAGCAUCACAAGGACAUCUGCCUCACUGUCAGCACCAGCGCCAUCCAAGUGGAGCACCUCUCCAGCUCCUAGAGAGACCUCAACCCAGGGAGCAGAAAGCCUCUUGUGCAUAGCCUGCGCCCAGGGGCACUGCUUGUGCAGCGGCCCUCCUUGUGCAACAGUCUCCGGCCUCUCCUCCUGCAACAGCCGUUUCUGGCCGUGUAACCCUGUUCAUGGUACCCCCUUGAACAACAGCCUGUCUCAAGGGGGUGCUCCUUCUGUGCAACAGCCUGCCUGGUAGGAGGAUGCUUCCUUGUGCAAGAGCCCCUUUCCUGUGCUGGGAUCACUUCCUCAUGCAAAAGCCCCUCCUUUCAAACCCAAAGAAAGGCCCCUGUUUUGCCUUCUCUCUCACUGUAGGAUGUGUAUGAAGGGGGGGUGCCUGUUGAGACAUGCAUGGUGAAUGGGAUGGAGAGAGGGUCCUUGUAUGUACAGGGGCUCGGACACAUGUUUUCAGCAGGCCACAGAAGAAUGUAGAAGGGUUCAUAGCUGGAUGGCGUUCUUUGAGGAUUUCCUCGAGUGUCUAAGAGAGAAAUAUCCAUUCCUGUCCCUCCUGCUUGUGAAAGGGAGGAGGGGUUGCUCGUCCUGCCCCAAGGACUGGAUGGGAGAAAGCUUCUCCCCAGAGGAAGGUGAGACCAGUGUGGGGGGAGAGAUGAGGCAUGUUCUGUGGGCUGGACCAUGCCUACGCUGCCCAAGGGCUGUGGAGUAUUGCACUCUUUCUCCUCCCGUGGUGGAGAGCAAUAGAGAGGAGUGUGUCUGAACUGGCUGCUGCCUCUCUCUCCCAGCUGUCCGAGCAGCAUGGUGGCCAAGGCCCUGUAGGAAGGUGGAUUCCUGCUCAUUGCUCUUCCUGCCCAUUGUGGAUGAUGUCCUAGCAGCUUGUACUCCUCCUCCUCUCCCUCCUGCCUGCCUCCCCACACCCCCCCCCCCUCAGAAAAGCCUGCAGGCAUCAACAACAAACCAAAAAGCAACUGGAGGGAGGGUAAGAGACUGCCAAAAUAAUCAUCACCCAUCUCUCUACUCCCUUUCCUGAAAGGCAGAACGACAGCAGUUCUGACUCUCAUACCCCCGUCCUGGCCCUAGUUCCCAAAGGGGAGGAGGAGGAGGAGGAAUAGCUCAGUCUUUUCAAGGAGCCGGCAGGAGGCAGGGAAAGGCUAGCUUCUCCUGCUCACCUCCCAGCGGAGCGCUCUCCCAGGCUCCCUCUUGCCAAGACGGGCUGGACUCACAUGGCAGUGGUGGCCUCUUCUGGACCCUGGUCAUGGGAGAGAAUCCCCAAAAGGUGGACAGUGGAGAGAAGGGGGUGAAGAUCCCCACAGAGAGACCAAUCUAAUGAGAAGGGGGAGCCAACAAGAAUAAACUGAAGGCCCCUUGAAUUUAUAUAUAUAUAUAUAUAUAUAAAUAUCUAUUCCCCACCCCUGGCCCGCUCUGUCCUUGCUGUAACUGUUUCUAUCUCUGUGUUUAUAAAACGCAUUAUCCUGAUGAAUUUUUAUUUUCAAUCUUUGUUUGUUUUUCCCUUUCUCUUCAUCUUCAAUUCUUCUCCCCCCACACCUUUUUUUUAUAUAUAUAACUGGUCCACAUGACUACUAGUCUUGUGUGUCACUUGUUAGUUCCUUUGGAUCAUGGAGGCUGACUCGGAAGAGAAUGAGAAAGCAAGGGAAAAAAAGCAUGUGUUGUUGGGAUUUAAAAUCAAUCGCCCACCCAGAGCCUACAGAAUCCCAGACUUGUGUAUGAACAACCAAUAGGGGCUUUUUUUAACCAUCUGUAUAGAAAUAAAUUGGUGUAAAAGGCUCCUGGAAGGUGCUGCUGCGAGCAGCCUGCCCCUGUGACGUGUGUUCCUUCCCCCUGUACCAGACCACUGCACGAGCAUCUUGCUGCUGUGUGUCCCAAGUGGGCAGCCUGCCUUUGGGCAGCCUCACUGUUCACACAAGGAAAGUGAGGAGCUCUGUGCUCUGCACCUCUGGAGCCUGUGGCAGAAACCUUUUUCUCUGCAUUUAGUCACCAGGGUUGGCUGCAAGUGGUUGUUUUGCUAGAUCAAUAGGUUUGGCCAGAAGAAGCUGCCUGAUUUGGCUUCUGCAUUUCACAGGUGACAUUUCAACCUGUUCAUCCUGUACCGAGCCCCAAGAACUAAUGUAUAUUUGAAGUAUGUGUUGACAAAUUGCAGUAUCUUGAUUCUGAGGCACUGGGACACAGAGAAUCCCUUCCAUUGGUAGCCUACUGCAGGCUUUGUGUUCUCGCUGUGGAAAUAUUUAAGCCCAGUUUCUCCUUUGGAUCUGUUUGGCUUUGGUUUCCUGUAGCUAGUUCUGGAUACAUCCAUCCCAUGGAUUCAGAGAGCCUUAAAGCACAGUGGGGCUUUUUCCCUUGGACUGGUAUUUAAACACUAUAAUGUCACUUCUCAAUCCACUUUUUAGGCAGGCUAAAUAGAUUAAAUUCCUGAAGUCUUCCACUGUAAGGGAUUUCCUCCUGCCCAUGAAUUAUUCUUGUCUUUUCUUUCUACAUCUUGUCAGAUUUUUUCACUAUCUUGUAAAAAUGUCCCUUUCAGAAUGGGGUGUUCAAGCCCCAGUGCCAUGGCCAGGGCCCCCCUGCCCCUUUGCCUUAAGUCCGCAGAGGAUUAUGUUUUGCCCUUUUCUCGCAGCAUUAUAUGGGAGCUCACAUUAGCUGCUUGUGUGGUGUGAUCCCUGGAUCAUCCAAAGUCUCAUCUUUCUGUUGAUAGCAUUUCCCCCUUUCUACAGGUAUGGUCUGAGUUUUUAUUUCUUAGAUACUUAACAUGAGGCUGUUAACAAAGGCCAGUCUGUGUGAAUGGACCUGGCUUACUGAUGGACCAUGUUACUCGCUGCUCUCCCACUUUUGUCACCUACAAACUGUAUCAGUUGUUUCUUGCUUUCAGAUCCAGGUUGCAAAUGCUAUAUUGCAUCUGACCUACCUUAAUUUGAAAAGCAUCAUUCAGUGCAACUUUUUAUUAGCUUCUUUAUGAGACUUGCAGGCUAGGCAAUUCUUAAUCCUCUUAGUAUGUGAUUAUGUACAGUAAAUCUUUCUGACUUAUGGUGCUAGGUCAAUGCCUUACAAAAAUUUAAGUAUGUUGCACCUAUGCAGUCCCCUUUGUUAAACCAAAUGUGUAAUGAUGUCACCUAAGGAUGAAAUUAGGGUUUGGGGUUUUUUUUUCUAUACAAAAUCUAUAUUUCAUAAAACCUUUGGGUCAAAGGUUUUCUUUUUCAUUCAUUAAUUCUUCAUCUCAACAGCUUUUCAGUAAGUUUGACAUGGAGUCAUUUCAUUUGCCUUUUGGGAGCGUUGUCAUGAUUGUCUGAAGGUGUUUCUCUAAUAUCCCAAAUUUAAUUAAAAUCAGAACCAAUGGGCUAGAGAGCUUGCUAGUGAUCUCUUUUAGGAUUCCUGUUUCUUUGCUGACUUAAAAAUAUGCAUCCCUAGUAGAUGCUGUCUGAUCUCCUACUUUGAUACUAAGGUACUGGAUAGAAGUUGCUGUUUUCAUGUGACUGCCACAUCCUGUUUCUUUCUGAAUAUGGAACUGGAAGUGUUUGUUGACCAGAUUUCUCCUGUUAAGUGUCACUAGCAUUUUUAUUCAGCAUGGCUCAGUACGAUUAGUAAGAUUUCUUUGUUUAUUUUUUAUUUAAAAAAUAAUUGAAAGAUCCAGAAUCCCUUUGCUAUUACCAGUGGGUUUCCUAGCCACAAAGCUUUCCUUGAACAGUUUUCUUUAUUCUCAUAAUGGCUUAUUUCUGUCGGGUACUGUCUUGGGCUUCUCUUUUUCCAUCUAUUACGUUU